CCAAAAUAUCGCGAGAAUACAUCCAGGAAGUAAAAGCUAAUGCUGUGCUCAACGUGAGUGGAUAGUGGAAAGUGCUUCCAGUGCCUGCUUGUGUUACAGUGACAUAAUAUCAAUGGCGGGACAACUGAAGAAAAGACUGAAGGAUGCAGUGCAGAUCAUUGGUUCUGGAAGCGUGCUGUUUGUCUCCUAUCUCACCGCUGUUGGAGAUGAGCGUUUCUAUGCCAACCAGCUCAUGCCCCUGCUGCAGAGGAUUGUUGGAGCAGAGACGGCCCAUGUAAUGGCAGUGAAAGUGAUUGGUCUGGGUCUGGUUCCUUGGAAUUGCUACCAAGAUCCUGCUUCUCUGGAAGUAAACAUCAUGGGCUGCAAGUUCAGGAACCCCAUCGGAAUUGCAGCCGGCUUUGACAAACACGGGGAAGCUGUGGAUGGGCUGUACCGACUGGGCUUUGGCUUUGUGGAGGUGGGAACCAUCACUCCUAAACCCCAGGAGGGGAACCCCAAGCCUCGUGUCUUCAGACUCACCAAAGAUGAGGCUGUAAUCAACAGAUAUGGUUUUAACAGCUGUGGUCUGCUGGCUGCCCAGGAGAGGCUGAAGGCCAGAGCAGGAACACAGGCAGAGCUCACUAAAGCUGGCCUGCCCCUAGGCAUCAACUUGGGCAAGAACAAACUGUCCCAGAGUGCAACGGGAGACUAUCUGGAGGGGGUGCGUGGGCUGGGGCCGCUGGCAGACUACCUGGUGGUCAACGUCAGCAGUCCCAACACCCCGGGCCUCCGAGACCUGCAGAGCAAGGAUGAGCUCAGGCAGUUACUGCACAAGGUGCUAAAGGAGCGUGAUGCACUCCAGGGGGGGUCAAAGCCCCCGGUCUUGGUGAAGAUCGCCCCAGACCUCACCCACCAGGACAAGCAGGACAUCGCCGAUGUCAUCACUGAGCUGGGUGUGGAUGGUCUGAUGAUAUCCAACACCACAGUGUCUAGGCCUGACAUCCUCAAAGAUCCCCAGAAAUGUGAAGUAGGGGGGCUGAGCGGCAGACCGGUCAGGGAACUGUCCACACACACGGUCAGGGAGAUGUACAGCCUCACAAAAGGCAAGGUGCCAAUCAUAGGAGUUGGGGGUGUUUCCUCUGGGCAGGAUGCCAUGGAAAAGAUCCGUGCUGGCGCCUCAUUGGUCCAGCUGUACACUGCCCUCAUUUAUCAAGGACCUCCAGUAGUCAACAAGAUCAAACGAGAGCUUGAGCAACUUCUUACGGAACAAGGCUUCAGCAGCGUAUCAGAGGCAGUAGGAGCUGACCACAGAGACACAAACAGGACCACCCGGAUACAGAGUCAUCAGAGAGACAGCACUGCUACAGACUCUGAGAGCUCCGCCCUGGCUAUCACUUCCACUUGCUAGUUACAGGCUGAUUUCCGGAUUGAUCUCUGACUUAAUUACUGGAGAAGGGAAAACCUGUUCCUCUGUACAGGUGUUGACCAAUCCAGACAUGCCGGAUCAGUGAUUGCUCCUUUCAAAGUCAGAAAGAAAGGAAGGUUUUAUUUUGACUGGAGACAACUUCCUACACUUACUUGAAGCCUGUAUGUACAGUAUGUGUACACAGUAAUUAGUUUGUGCUACUGUGGUAUCAUACCAGUAAUGCAAAGAAAAUACUGUCAAAUAUGGGCCUCCACAUGCAGCUUUAGAAUCACUUUGAGCAAAAUCUACACUUUUGUCAUUUGUGCCAUCUCCAGUGUUUGCACAGAUCUCAACAUACUUUGCAUCUUGGUUGGUGGUCUAGUUAAUGUAAGAGUAGGGAGAUGUCUGUGGUGUAAAGGCAGUGUGUAAUUUCCCCACAAACUGUAUGGAUUUUACUGGCUUGUUUGUUGCUUGUAAGUAGCCAGAAUAGUUAGCAUCAAUAUGCUUUUUACUGCAAUCAUGCUGAUAGCGAAGAUUUGAGCCAGGGAAUUUUGACCUAACCUGUUAAUAAUAAUAUAGUGUUCUUUAUCCGGAGAUACUGUACAGUGUGCGUGUUAUUGGCAUGUGUUAUGUAUUAUGACUGGUUGAGUUGUAACUCAAAAUGUGAUGGAAGCACAUGCGUAUAUCUUUUACUCAACAUAUUUUUUGUUACUUUCAGGUAAGAUCUCAAUUAGAGGCAAUUACAAGUUAAGUGAGAAAACUACCAGACAAAUUUCUUCCAGCGUUAACAACAAAGAAGCAGGUUAUCCUGUAAUUGCCUUUGCAUAUAUAAAAGGGAAAUCUAGUUAAAUUACUGUGCCAUUGUCAGCAGGUUUAGAACUCAUGUAAGCUGAUAAAAGAUCUUCCACUUCUUGGCUGUCUGCAGAGGAGGUAUUGUGCUGUGUAUGUGAAAAUUAAAUAGUGGAUUGUUCUGCUUAGAUUUCAGAGAUGUGAGGUCAUAACCUAAACCAAGCUCAAAGCUUCCUGUGCAGUGGGCCACUUCUCUGUUCUAAGUUAUUCACAAAAGCUAUUGUGUCAAAUACAUAAUGUGAUGUCAGUGCCUUCAGAAAUGAAAUAAAUGAUUAUCAUCCA